CGCGGAGGUCCCUCUGGGUCCUCUGACCUUGGCCCCUGGCUCAGCGUGCUAUAGGUGUCUUCCGCCCUCUUAAUCUGGGGCAGCGGCGGCAAGCUCCGCGAACGCCGUGUCCCGAGUGCGGGCUGGGCGGGGCCGGAGAUGAAGGCCUUCGACCGCGGCCAGUCCUUGGAUGGCUGUGGGUGAGUGCCUGGUGGUGUCUUGCACACAGGAGGCCUCCAGUAAAUGCUGGUUGAAUGACUCAAGCUUGUGUCUCUGCAGAGAGCUCCAGGACUGUCCUCCCAAUAUGGCUGCCACCGCCUCCCCUCUGCCACUCACCACUGAAGUCACUAGUUCUGAGAACAGCAGCUCCUUCUAUGACUACGAGUACUACCUGGAGGAUGUGGCCUUCAUGCUCUGCAGGAAAGAUGAGGUGGUGUCCUUUGGCAAAGUCUUCCUGCCAGUCUUCUACAGCCUGAUCUUUGUGCUGGGCCUGGGCGGGAACCUGCUUCUUCUAGUGAUCUUGCUCUGGUAUGUGCCUCGCAGGCGGAUGACUGAGGUCUAUCUGCUAAAUCUAGCCAUCUCCAACCUCUUAUUUGUGGUGACACUGCCCUUCUGGGGCAUCUCCGUGGCCUGGCAUUGGGUCUUUGGGAGUUUCUUGUGCAAGAUGGUGAGCACCCUUUAUACCAUUAACUUCUACAGUGGCAUCUUCUUCAUUAGCUGCAUGAGCCUGGGCAAGUACCUGGAGAUCGUCCAUGCUCAACCUCACCUCAGGCUGAGGACCCGGGCCAGGAGCCUACUCCUUGCUGCCAUAGUAUGGGCUGUGGCCUUGGCCAUCUCCAUCCCUGACAUGGUCUUUGUGCAGACACAUGAAUACCCCACGGGUGUGUGGAGCUGCCAUGCUGAUUUUGGAGGGCAUGGGACCAUUUGGAAGCUCUUCCUCCGCUUCCAGCAGAACCUCCUGGGAUUUCUCCUUCCCCUCCUUGCCAUGAUCUUCUUCUACUCCCGCAUUGGCUCUGUCCUGAUCAGGCUGAGGCCCCCAGGCCAGGGCCGGGCUCUGAGGAUAGCCAUAGCCCUGGUGGUGGCCUUCUUUGUGCUAUGGUUCCCAUACAACCUCACCUUGUUUCUGCACUCACUGCUGGACCUGAAAGUCUUUGGGGACUGCGAGGUCAGCCAACACCUGGACUAUGCACUGCAGGUGACAGAGAGCAUCGCCUUCCUUCACUGCUGCUUUACCCCCAUCCUCUAUGCCUUCUCCAGCCGUCGCUUCCGCCAGUACCUGAAGGCUUUCCUGGCCGCAGUGCUCAGACGGCAACAGACACCUCGCCCUGCCCAGGCCCCACCGUCCAGCUGUUCUGAGAGUACCAGGCUCACUCCCCAAGGAGAAAUGACCAGCAUGAAUGACCUUGGGGAAAGGCAAGCUGAAGACUCCCCCAACACGGGGGACAUGGGGAAAAAUUAAGCCUGGGUGGCCAUACCACAGUCUGGUGACAGCACAUGGGACCCAGCUCAGUUGGGCAUCCACCAAAAGUCCUCUCUCCGAGGGCCUGAGUGACCAUGUUGCUAAACCCAGUGGUCAGUUCUCAGUUCUCAGACAUCAGCAGCAUUUUCUCACCCCCACCUUCUUCCUCCACUUUCUUCAUUACCUUCCAGGACACCAUAUUAUCUUGUCUGAAUUGCUGCAAUAGUUUCCCAAGUGAUCUUUGCACUUCCUAUCGUCAUGCUCCCCUAUCAUCUAAUCUGCACCCAGCAGCCAGAGUGAUCAUGACAUCCUCAGGCAUCACGCCCAUGUCUUUCAGAGUAGCCGAAGGCCCGCCACCUACCAGUCUGCCCCCUUCCCUGUAGCUCAGUGGGGAAAUACUGUUGCUAUAUUGUUUAAUAUUGCAGCCUUGAUGGUGGCUGUAGGUCUGGCAGUCAGGAGGGGCUGGAGGUACUCCGCCUAGGAGCGUGGGAGCCUGCAGGUAGGAGGCAGAGUGAACAUGUGUUUCUGGGGGUUCAGGAGGAUACGCCUCCCUCUGCCUCCCAUAUCCCCUCUCAGGAGCCUUCAGGGCUCCCUGGGACCUGUACAGUCAAGUCCAAAAUCUUUGUCCAACUUCAAGGCUGGAGCUUUCACAAGUAGAAUCCCGUACACCAUUCUACCCUUCUCCUCCUCCAUUCCCGUUUUCAUUUCCUGGACGCCAGGCACCCCUUGAUGUUUCCCACACAUUCCCACCUCUGUGCUUUUAUGCUUGCCGACUCCCUCAUGUCACAGGGAUCAUUUUCCAACCAGGUAUCCCUUCACCCUUGUCUUGUAACUGAAUCCCACUUGCUCUGGGAAACCACUUCUGAGUCACUUUUCCCUGUGCUUAGGCUGGAGGUCAGGUAGAGCAUGGGACUUGGGCAGCAUGGGACCGGUUCCCUGGCACAGUGAUUCAUUUGGGGUGGGGACAUGACUCAGGCAGAGCUUGUGAAAUGUAAUGUCACUAGAACUUACUAGAACAGAGGCAUGAAACUGAAGCCAAGAGGAUGUGAGGUCUGGAGCUGCUCCUCCAUCAACUCGAAUUCAGGUGACGUGAUAGCACAGUGAGUGAGCAGACACUGGGGGCGGUGUUUGAGCCCCAGAAUCUAAGGCACAGCUGAAGCUCAUGCCAAUCCUGGACUUGGCAGUUAUACAAAUCAAUAAAGUCCUUUCCAAUUUGGG